UCAAGGUUCAGCCCCGCCUCCGCUUCCCCCUCGCCGUCUCCUCGGCCUGCGCCGCCGCCGCUCGCGGGCCCGGCUCGUCUCUGUCCGCGUCGCCCCCCUCGCUGAGCUGCGCGCUGCCCGGCCGGUCACCAUGGCGAACGUGGCCGACACGAAGCUGUACGACAUCCUGGGCGUUCCGCCGGGCGCCAGCGAGAAUGAACUCAAGAAGGCAUACAGGAAGUUAGCCAAGGAAUACCACCCUGAUAAGAAUCCAAAUGCUGGAGACAAAUUUAAAGAAAUCAGCUUUGCCUAUGAGGUACUCUCAAACCCUGAGAAGCGAGAACUGUAUGACAGAUACGGAGAGCAAGGGCUUCGAGAAGGGAGUGGCGGCGGCGGCGGCAUGGAUGAUAUCUUCUCUCACAUUUUCGGUGGGGGCUUGUUCGGCUUCAUGGGCAACCAGAGCAGAAGUCGGAAUGGCAGGAGGAGAGGGGAGGACAUGAUGCAUCCCCUGAAAGUGUCUUUAGAAGAUCUGUAUAAUGGCAAGACAACCAAACUACAGCUUAGCAAGAAUGUACUCUGCAGUGCGUGCAGUGGCCAAGGUGGGAAGUCUGGAGCAGUUCAGAAGUGUGCUGCUUGUCGAGGUCGAGGUGUGCGCAUCAUGAUCAGACAGCUGGCUCCAGGAAUGGUACAGCAGAUGCAGUCUGUAUGCUCCGACUGUAAUGGAGAAGGAGAGGUCAUUAAUGAAAAGGACCGCUGUAAAAAAUGCGAAGGGAAGAAGGUGAUUAAGGAGGUGAAGAUUCUGGAAGUCCAUGUGGACAAAGGCAUGAAGCAUGGACAGAGGAUCACCUUCACUGGGGAGGCAGACCAGGCUCCAGGAGUGGAACCAGGAGACAUUGUUCUUUUACUGCAGGAAAAAGAACAUGAGGUGUUUCAGAGAGACGGAAAUGAUUUGCACAUGACAUAUAAAAUAGGGCUUGUUGAAGCUCUAUGUGGAUUUCAGUUUACAUUUAAGCACCUUGACGCCCGUCAGAUUGUGGUGAAGUAUCCUCCUGGCAAAGUAAUUGAGCCAGGAUGUGUUCGUGUAGUUCGAGGUGAAGGAAUGCCACAAUAUCGCAAUCCCUUUGAAAAGGGUGAUCUUUAUAUAAAAUUUGAUGUGCAGUUUCCUGAGAACAACUGGAUCAACCCAGACAAGCUAUCUGAACUAGAAGAUCUUCUUCCAUCUAGACCAGAAGUUCCUAACAUCAUUGGAGAAACCGAAGAAGUGGAGCUUCAGGAGUUUGAUAGCACACGGGGCUCAGGAGGUGGUCAGAGGCGGGAGGCCUACAAUGAUAGCUCUGAUGAGGAAAGCAGCAGCCAUCACGGACCUGGAGUGCAGUGUGCCCAUCAGUAAACUGCAGACAGAUGACACAGGUGGAGUGUCCUCCCCGUGUGCCUGAUUUGUUCUCAGCUGUCCAGCUGGCGUGUCGGAUCAAUCCAGAUGAACUGAUGGACAUCUGCUGGUCUAUGUGUAACUUUUAAAAUUGGUAUAGUAUCUACAGAGAGUGUAUAAUUUAAACUAACACAAAGCUUUACAUCUUCAUUUUGACUGUUCUGUAGCAGAAUAAAGCACUUGAAAGGAAAUAAGACUCCCUUUCACAUAUGGGUUAUAAGUUUCAGUCCUGGUAUCUGCUUGAUUUUUACCAGUUUUGUGUAGAUUUUAUGUUUCAUAUUUUAAAUUCAAAUCCCACAUUGUAAAGUUGUAAAAUUUGUCCUGAAGCUUUGUGUUUGGCUGCACCUACAUAAGCUGCUACAAAUAGAAUAAAGAAUUUCAUAGCCUGUAUCUAUCAUUUAGAUGCAUGGAAAAUGGGCUUUGCACACAAUGGGUUUGGAGCUGACUGGGAACAAUGGAGAAAAUUAAAUUAGCUGUGGUUGUAAAGUGGUUUUCUUCUUUUUUUUUUUUUUUUUUUCUUUUUUCUUUAUUUUUUCUUUUUUUUUUUUUUUUCGUUUUUUUUGUGAAAGGUUUCUGAAACUUGAUAAUAAAGAGCGGUUGGUGUAAAUGAUUCUUGGUUUCACAUUUUUAGGAAGAACAACAUACUCUGAACUGUAAAAUGUAUGAAACUGGAGAAUGCAUCCUUCAUUCUGGUUCUUAACCUUUAAUCUAUUGGCCUGAAGCCUGUGCCUCAGGCACCUGCUCAUUUUACAGUGUGAAGACAGGUUGAUAGAAACAGGCUUUAUGGGCUUUAAUUGAUGCUUGUAGAGUCACUUGUAGAGUCAAAGACAUUUAAGUUAAUGUGACUCCUGAGUUUUGAUCCUGAUUAUUAGGGCUAGCCCAGGCCUCUGUAUCUUCCCUCCUACUCCCCUUUUUAAAAAUAAGGUAACAGCAAAUCAUUAGUAGAACCAUGUCUGCAUAGAACCUGUUAAAAUGCUCUGUUCAUUAAAUGUUAAGUUAAAAGUU